AUGAGCCAGCGAAACCCUAGAGCAGAGGGUGCCAUUCCCACUGUCAUUAAGAUUGAAGAUGGACAAGACCUACUCGAGGCUCUCCAGGAUAGAGAGAAGAAGAAGAGGCUGGCAGAGAUGGAGAAACGUGUGAUGGAGGCUUUCGAAAAGGUCAAGCCGCGCAUGUGCGAACAGGCUGUGAAGGAAACACAAGAGUACUUGGACCAACGCGACUGGGUCAAGGAUUGCAAGAACCCAAGCAACCAUCCUUUCUACUACAGAAUCAAAGGAGGCUCCUGCAUCGACUCUCCAGGAAGCUUCUACUAUCCCAAUUUCCUUGUGAUGCAGGCAAUCUGGCCGCACAACCACACCGUGUUCAGGAUUGCCGUAUCGUUUGCAAAGUACUGGAAGUGUGCUAAGAUGGCGGAUGGGCCGGAACACUAUCCCAUGCUUAAGGACACAGCGCAGGAAAUGAAACUUUUUGGUGGAGUGCUGGAUAUGAGUUGGAGGGAAUGGAGACAACUGGAUCACUGGUUUGUUGAACAUUGCGAACAACGCAUUGAAGAAGAAGAACAAGCGGGCAAGGACAAACCUGAAGAAUCCAAGGACACAAACACCACUCUCGACGAUCUGGAAACCGCAGCUGAAAGAAGUGUGAAGAGACUGUCGGAAAAGCUUCAGAAAGCAACGGAACAUCUGCGCCGGGUUCAAAAGCGCAAAAGGGACACCUACAGAGCUGAGGCUGAGCUUCGGAUGAAGACCGCAGAGGCAUUGAAGAACAAAGCUGCCAGGGAUGCUCAACAAGCUGACAGAGAGAAAGUCCAGGCUGAAUGGAAUUCCAUGAUGGCGCAAAAGUAUACCAGCAAACUUGAAGUAUCACCAACUACAGCUACCACCACUCCUUCGUCUGGUGAGCAGCGUCCUGGUAAUGGACAUCUUGACAAGCGACAGCGGACAACAUCGGGGGGAAACAAGACUUUUUCGCGAAGAUAA